AUGACCAUCGAAAUGUCCUUCGACCCUCACAAUGUCGAUCUGGAAACAGCAGACCCCGCCCAGAUCGUUUGCUAUCUCAAUGCCGAAGGCAACGAAUACAACGGCCAACUCGGCGCCCGCAUCUCCUCCAUCUUCGUCAUCCUAGUCGUCUCCUCAGCAGCAACAUUCUUCCCCGUCCUAGCCCAGCGCGCGCCACGUCUCCGAAUCCCCCUCUACGUCUACCUCUUCGCAAAAUACUUCGGCGCUGGCGUCAUCAUCGCAACAGCCUUCAUCCACCUCCUCGAUCCCGCCUACGACGAAAUCGGCGGCAACUCCUGUGUCGGUCUAACAGGCCACUGGGGAGACUACUCAUGGUGUCCAGCAAUUGUGCUGACCUCAUUAAUGGUCGUGUUCCUGCUAGACUUCGGCGCUGAGCGCUGGGUCGAGAUCAAAUAUGGUAUUUGUCGCGAGGACCCGGAGCCCAUGAUGGCGAAUGGCGAAGCCCGUCGUGACUCGCGCGUUUCGGCACGUCACUCUGAUGACAAGCACGUCAAGGAGAUUGAGUCACAGGUUGAGGAGAUGGCUAUCGAGCGCUCGUUUAAGCAGCAGAUUGCUGCGCUGCUGAUUCUUGAGUUCGGGGUUAUUUUCCACUCUGUGAUUAUCGGGUUGAAUCUUGGUGUUGCUGGCGAUGAAUUUGCGACUCUUUAUCCCGUUCUGGUAUUCCAUCAGUCAUUUGAGGGGUUGGGUAUUGGAGCGCGGAUGUCUAGUAUUCCGUUUAAGAAGGGCAGUUGGUUGCCCUGGUUCUUGUGUGCGGCGUAUGGGUUGACGACUCCCAUUGCUAUUGCUAUUGGACUUGGUGUGCGCACGACGUAUAACCCCGGUUCGUUCACUGCGAGCGUUGUCUCUGGUGUGCUGGAUUCGAUCUCUGCGGGUAUUUUGCUGUAUACUGGGCUUGUUGAGCUGCUUGCUCGGGACUUCCUGUUUGAUCCUCACCGCACGCAGGAUAAUAAGCGGUUGGCCUUUAUGGUGUUGACUUUACUUCUUGGUGCUGGUAUCAUGGCCUUGCUUGGGAAGUGGGCUUGA